AUGGCCAUUGCUGAAGAAGUAAAGAAGCUCUUGGCAGCGGGAUUCAUCAGAAAAAUCGACUACCCCAACUGGAUCUCUAAUGUUGUAAUGGUGAAGAAGGCAAAUGAAGUACUGCAGAAGUCAUUUGAGUGGAACGAUGAAUGCGAGGUAGCGUUCAAGAACCUUAAGGAGUACUUAGCUUCACCACCACUCCUUAGUAGAGCUGAACCCGGAGAACCACUCUAUGUUUAUCUGGCCUCCACCGCCACCACUGUUAGUUCUGUUCUUAUCAGGGAAGAUAAAAAACUACAAAGACCAGUCUACUGCACCAGUCGCAUACCACAAGGGGCAGAAACCAGAUAUCCAAGAAUCGAGAAGUUGGCAUUCGCCCUGAUCACCUCUGCCAGACGGCUCCGACCUUAUUACCAAGCUCAUCCCAUCAAGUUCACUGAAGAAAUUGAAGAAUCGAAUGAAGAUAGUUCAGAGCCCAUCUGGUUUAUUGAGGUUGAUGGGUCAUCAUCCUCGGAAAGCAGUGGAGCUGGAAUUAUUAUUAAAACACCCGAUGGGGUCACCAUUUAG